AUGGCUGACGGCGUUCCUCAUGUUCAAGUGGAAUCCGAAAGUAGCAGCAACAGUGCCAGCGGUAUUCCGAGCAGGAACCACAGCUUCCGUGGGGCGAAGGGUGGGCCAAAAUCGUCUCGAAAAGUCAACUUCAACACGGGUGAUCAACAAGGAGAAGAGACUUUGAGAGCUACAGUGCAAGGAAGCAGUCGCUGGGGAAAUAUACCUGAGAUUCGCAUCCCAGAAGCCGAUGUCGCCGACAAUACUAUCACACCACCCGAUUAUCUUGGGAGAGCCAAUGCUGCCGCUGCCGAGGCUCAGAGCCGUGCUAGCAAGCUGGCAAACAGAUUGAGCAACUCUCAUGCAGGACUCAGGGUGAACUCGGGCACCAAUACGCCUAAUAUACUAGCAAACCAAUCAGGAUAUGCCUCACCAGAUACUUCGCCACCAACCAGGCCGUUGCGCGACUGGCUUGUCAAUGUUGACGAUAUCCCUCUUACCACAUUAGAUAAGGAUAAAAGACCAUAUACUAUUCACGAUGAAACGACCGAUGAUGACGAGUCCGACAUUGAAAGACCGAAGGAGCGACUCAAACGACAGGAUGAUGAAAACAAAGAAGAAGCGAGACGUCUACUGAGGACGCUGACUAGCGGUCGUGGUAUGUCGAAUUGGCAAGAGCCGUCAAGAUCAGGAACGCAGACUCCAGCCAUUGAUAAACAGCUUCACGACGUGGAGUACGUCCCUCCCCCCGAUGACUAUCGGCCUGGUAUUUUCGGCGCCAUUCUCUCUUCGAAACUAUCAGCGCUACAAAAUGAAGGCAUCACCCGUCCGAUGUACUUAGACGACACGCCGCCUCAGGCUGGUGCUAAGAACGGAGCCAAAGACACUCGACAAUAUGGACACUCGCGGUCCAACUCCGAGCAGCAUGACCAGUCCUAUCCGUCGACUGGAGCGACAACACCCUCGGGUAGACUGACGCCUUCGGGGAGAAUGACGCCGUCGAAAAGGCCUAAAUGGUACGAUAACAAUCCGUCAACGGGGUCACUGGCGACGUUGGUCGCGCACGCAUCAGCUGCUGGUACAGCGACUCCCGGACUGAGCGGACAUCUUUCCCACAAACCACAACGACCUCAUCUGCCACGGUCCAAGUCUUCCAGCAGCAUGAUCGCCACUGCGGUGGAUAUGAUCAAACAUCCUACCAAUCAUUUCCACCACAAAUCAGAGCAGAUCCGAAGACAAGAGGAAGAAAGAGUGAUCCAAGACGUGGCCGAAAUCAUCGCCUGUAGGAAAUACCUCAAGAAGCUGGCGAGGUGUCUCAUGGCAGUAGGUGCUCCUUCACACCGGCUGGAAGAAUAUAUGAAGACGUCGGCACGAUCACUCAGCAUCGACGGGGACUUCUUGUACCUGCCUGGAUCCAUCCUGGUCUCGCUCAACGACAAAUUCACAAUGAGCACCGAAGUAACACUUGUGCGAGAGACAGGAGGUGUCGAUCUGGGGAAGUUCAAGGACGUCUUCUCCGUGUACAAAUGCGUUAUCCACGGGAAGCUGGACGCCCACGAAGGCCUGGCCGAGCUGGAAACGAUCAUGAGCAGCCCCAAGCGGAUCAACACCUACUGGCAGAUCUUCGCGUACGGCAUCGCCGCAGUGGCAGUCGGCCCUUUUGCAUUUUCCGCGCGACCAGUCGACUUCCCGCCCAGUUUCGUCCUCGGCUGCAUUUUGGGGUUUCUUCAACUUGUCGUCGUGACCAAGUCGUCGCAGUUCUCGCACGUGUUCGAAGUACUCGCCACCGUCAUCAUCUCUUUUGCAGCCCGAGGUCUGGGCUCGAUAUACCACAAUGGCUCACCGGUCUUCUGCUUUGCGGCCAUCGCACAGAGCAGUAUCGCCCUGAUAUUGCCCGGGUACACGGUCCUCUGUGCGGCGUUGGAACUGCAAAGUAAAAGUCUCGUUGCGGGGUCGGUACGCAUGGUCUACGCCAUCAUUUACUCGCUGUUCUUGGGGUUUGGUAUCUUGAUUGGCACGGUCAUAAUGGGGGUUAUCUACCCGGGAGCCCAAUCCAGCGUAACCUGCGAGAUGCCCUGGUGGUGGGACAGCGCAAUCAGCUGGCGGCUGAUAUACGUCAAGUUCAUAUGGGUGCCCAUCUUUGCGGUGUGCCUGGCCGUCAUCAACCAGGCGAAAUGGGCGCAGGUGCCUGUCAUGACGCUCAUCUCGUUCUGCGGGUAUCAAGCCAACUUUUGGAUCUCGCAAAAACUCGCCAACAACAUCCAGGUGGCCAACGCGAUUGGCGCAUUUGUCAUUGGGUGCAUGGCGAAUCUGUACAGUCGGUUCUUUCAUGGGUUGGCCGCCGCGGCGAUGCUGCCCGCCAUCUUCGUCCAGGUGCCCAGCGGGUUGGCUGCUAGUGGGAGUCUCGUUGCGGGCAUCACGAGCGCGAACCAGAUCACGGGUAACACGACGGGCGUGAGUGUCAUUAGCAAUGGCACUUCUGGAUUCGAGAGCGCUUCCGAGUCCUCGUCGGACGUGUAUUCGGGGACCAUAUUCUACGUUGGAUACGGCAUGGUGCAGAUUGCCAUUGGGAUUAGCGUGGGCUUGUAUUUGAGCGCUCUGGUCGUGUAUCCCAUUGGGAAGAGGAGGAGUGGAUUGUUCAGUUUUUGA